AUGACAGAGAAUUUAGAAGAUUUGGAAUUACAGUUUAAAUUUCAAGAAUAUUUAUUUAGUGAUAAGGUUGAAGGAUACAUUUUUAACUAUCAACUUAUAACUGGUGACAUUUUACCAUCUUAUGGUAAAAUAUAUUUUAUAUCUAAAGAUAUUCAAAAUUUUUUUAUAAAGGUACCAUUUUACUAUUCACUACUAAUUGAAUGUAUAAAUAUAAGUGAUGUUCAAGAAUACUUAAAGAUUAAAUAUGCAGAGGGAUAUCAUCAUUAUGAACUUGUUGAAAGAUUUGAUAUUGAAGAAUACAAUCAUUUAAAUAAACCGAAAAAAAUGUUUUUAAAGGUUUUUAUAAAAAACCAGGCAAUUUACAGUAAAAUUGUUAGAGAUCUAAAACAAAUAGUGUUGCGAAAUAAAAAUAAUCGAAGCAUCAACGAUGUCUAUAAAGAAAUGAUGUAUUCUGAAGACGAAAAUAAAUUUGAUGUAAAAACAAAUAUUUUAAAUAUCUAUGAUUUUGACAUACCAUCCGAAAUUUUAUUCGCAGAGAUGUAUAAAAUAAGAGUUGGAUGUUGGUUUGAAUUCUCAUACAACGGCGAAGUACAUAUUAUUUCUGCGGUAAACAUGUUAAAGAUUCCUAAUUUUAGAAAAUUGGCUUUCAGUAUUAUAACUACAAAUCAAGAUUAUUUAAAUCCAGAUUCAAACACAGAUCAAGCAAUAAUGAUUUCUGUUAAAACAGAUACAACUAAUAUUUUGUUAAUUAAUCAAAACAUUAUUAAGGAGAAUUUAAAUGAAUUAGAAUAUACUUAUGGUAAUGAAUCCAAUAUAUUUACAAUAUACAAUGUUAGUUGUGAAGAAGAUCUUCUUUUAAAAUUUAUUGAAAUAAUACAAAUAUAUAAACCACAUAUAUUGAUUACAUAUAACGGCAAUUUAUUUGAUUUUUCAUUUAUUGAAACUAGACUUCUAAAAUACGGACUUAUAAUGAAAAAUCUUAUAGGAAUUACGCGCAUUUUUGAUUAUUUCUCUUGUCCAUUUAUACUUCAUUUUGAUUGUUUUACAUGGAUAUCUAAAUACGGAAAUAUACCGUAUAAAAAUUUUACCUUAGAAAUUGCAGCGAAACAUAUGUUAGAUAUUUCAAUUGAUAAUCUUGUACAGAGUAAAAUAAAAUUUUUUGGUGACAAAAGAUUUUGUGCAUUAGUAAAUAGCAUAGUAAAAGAGGUUUUGGUUGUUUAUGAUAUUUUUAAUCAAAAAAUUUUUUACCAAACAUUUUCAUUAGCUACUAUUGUGCCUUUUCCCAUUUGUAAGAUAAUUAGUGAAAUUUUAGAAUUUUUAUAUGAAAGUAUUUUAAUUGUAGAAUCUUUAAAUUGCUCACUUUUAAUACCAAGCAUUAAUCAGAAAACCAAAUUUAAAAUCCAGAACGGAAAAAUUAUUAAUAAAUUAACUAAUAAUACUUUAAAUCCCUUUUGUACAAAGGAAGGAAUUUUUAGAGCUGAUUUUGAACAUAAUUUUAUACUUAAAGAUGAAGAGUUUGAAUAUAUUUGCAAAAAUAUAGAUAUUUUUCUUAAAGAUUUUAGAAAUGAAAUAGAUUACAAUUCCAUUAAAACGUCAAUUAUUGAUAAUUUAACAAAACUUAAUACCGGCUUAAAUACAAAAGGUAAUAUAUAUCACAUCGAUAUAAAAUCUUUAUAUACAGAUAUAAUUUUGGCAUUGCGCCUACAGCCAACUUCAUUUGUAACCAAAAAUACUUGUAUCAGAUGUGAUUUUUAUAAAAAUGAAUUUAAUUGCAUUCUUCAUUUAGAUUGGCAAGCUAAAGUAGACUAUUUUUUACUUGAACCAGAUGAAUUUAAACAAGUUAAAAAAGAUGUCAUUGAUGACUAUAACAAGAAAUAUCAUAAAGAUGACGGUUAUAAAUUAGAAAAUUCUGUUAAAAAGUAUAAAACUGAAGCUUCUAAUUAUUCUAAUUUUGAUGACUUAUCGACUGACAUGCAAAAAAAAAUUUUAAGAAAUAAGAUAGAAGAUUAUUCGUGUGAAAAAAAUAAAAAGUCUUCAUACAAAGUAAUUGAAAAUUUUCAAUCUAUUGUAUGUCAGCUAGAAUUUUCUUUUAUGCUUAAUGUAUUGAAAAAAUUUAAAGAAUAUUUUAUUUUGUACAAAAACAAUCUUGAAAAUAUUAAAAAAGAGCUAAAAGAAAAUUAUAGUUCAGAGAAUUUAAAAAAGAGUAAAUUAACAUCUUCCAUAUACUGGGCACAUGAAUAUCUCUACAAUUCAUUUUGUAAAUAUAUUUAUUAUGAAGGCGCUAGAUGGUAUUCAACAGAAAUGACAAUAAUAUUGGAUAGUAUCGCUACUGAGAUUAUAAAAAAUUGUACUACUUUGUUAAACAAAUUUUCUCUUCCUUUGAUUGUAAAUUCAGAAAGUAUUUGGACAUUGUUACCUUUUACAUUCCCUCAAGAAGUUGAAUUUAAAUCAGGUAAAAAAUUUAAUUUUCUUGAAAGCUUCAUUAAUUUUAAAAUUUUAAAGAAUUUAAAACAGCAAGUCAAAUGGAAAAAUGAAUGUAAAGAAAUAGAAGAUAAAAUUAAUUUUAAUAUUUAUGGCCCAUUUAAAGCUUUAAUAGUGCCUAGUACAUUACAAGAAAAUAAUCAUUUAAGAUCGAGAUAUCUAGCACUAAAUUUUGAUGGUACUAUAUAUAAAAAAUCUAGUCUUUACGAAAAAAAAGAUUUUGAUUUUUUAUCAAAUUUACAAAAAAAGUUAUAUUUAUCAUUUAAUUAUGGAAAUAACUUAGAAGAAUGUUAUUGCAAUUUAUCUAAAAUUAUUAGAGAAUCCUUAGAUGUUAUUGAUAAUAAGGGGUGUUUUCUAACCACGAAUGAAAUAUGUAGUCUUUUCAGUCAAUAUAAUAUAUUGAAAAACAAUGGUUUAGAAGUUGCUGAUAAAAACAAUAUUGCAUUUCAUAUUGCUCAAAAAAUAACAGAGAUUAUUGAUUCCCAGUAUUAUUUUAAUUUUUUAGAAGAUAAAUAUAUAAUAUCUAUUUAUCCAUUAAAUGAACCUAUUUAUAAUAGAACAAUUCCUAUUUCCGUGUUCGAAACACAAGAAAAUAAACAUUUGAUUAAAAAAUGGUGCAAAUUAGAUAAAGAGUUAGAUAUUAGAGAAAUAAUCGAUUGGAAUUAUUAUAAAAGUUGCAUAGAAGAGACUGUUAUAAAACUUAUUGUUUUGCCUUCUAGAGGUCAACAAGCUGGAAAUUAUUUUCCAUUCUUAAAAGUCUCAAAUAAUGUGUACAAAAUAACCACUAAGACAGAUUUAUCGGAAUAUUUACUUUUAAAAAAGGAUAAUGUUAAUAAAUUACCUAGCAUAAUACCAAUUAAAAAAGAAAUUAUACAAGACAAAUACUGGUUAUAUUAUAACAAAAUAAAAGAGCAGAAUGGAUUGAUUAAAAUUCAAACGACAGGUGAUAAUUAUACUUUUAUUUUUAGUUCUAAAAAAAAUGUACACAAACCUAUUUCUAAAACUAUUUAUUUUAAGGCAGAAAAGAUUUUUUAUUUGGGCCAUUCUGUAAAAUUUGACAAAAAGAUUUUACCAGAAACAAAUACAUUAGAAAAGAUAUCGUUUAUAAAUGAUAGUGAAAAUAAUGUAUUCAAUUUUCUUACAAAUACACUUAUUACAGAUGUAUACAAUUCACAUGUUCCUUCUAUUUUUCAAUGUCGAUUUGAGGAAUUUAAAAUAUCAAAAAAUUUAUCUUUUUCUGUAUUAACUACCUUUCAUUAUGAUAAUUCAAUUAUUUAUGUAUUUAGUAAAAAUGGAAAGUAUACCUUUAUUUCUAAUUUUAAGCAUUCUAAAAUCCAAAAUAUUAAUAUUAAUGAUUUUUUAUCGAAACAUGUUAGUGGCUUAAUUGUUAUUAACAGAUUUGAUAAAAAUUUUGACACUUUGUUGAAACUGUGUGAAAAAUAUAAUACAAUUGUUGAUCAAGUUCAUAAAAAGUUAUUUUUAUGUAAUUUUUCAAAAUUAUUAGAAACGCAUAAAAAUUUACAUAAAGAGAUACUUUCAAAUAUAAAAAUGAAACAAGAAUUAUGCGCAUAUGCAAAUAUUCCUUUUGGAAAUAAUGAUAUUAAUAUACUUGAUUAUAUUUUAUAUAAAAAUAUAACAGAGCUUAAUGGUGUCUUAUCACAUCCAGGUGAUGAAUCUUUUAGAUUAUAUAAAAAUGAAAAAAUUAUAUCAGGUUACUAUAAUCAAUAUACUAUUCAGUUUGAAUGUGUAGGAUCUUUAAUAUUAUCUAUUUUAGAAUAUAAGUUUUUACUUGAUCAGCAAAUGUAUCAAGAACUUGAAAGUAUUGAAUUUAAAUCUUUGUAUAACAUUAUUAAGAAUUUAUUUGUAGAUAGUAGUAAGAAUAUCUUAGGUGCUAGUUUAUUACUUAAUAAAGUUGAAAACUGGAUUCGUCGUGAUUCAAAUUUACUUUCUGCAAAAAUUAGAAAUAUGGUUAGUUUUUUACAUCAGAGAUAUUUAUUCAAUAUUAUUGCUUUUUUUAAAGAAAUAAAAAUUAAAAUGGUUUAUGUCAGUUGUAACAUUAUGUGUAUUGAUUUGGAAAAAGAUACCAAAGAAGGAGCUGCUUAUGUUUUUGAUAAUUGCAAAAAAUUAAUUCAAGAAAAAAAGGAAUUUUUACAUUUAAAUUUAAGACAAUUAAGAAUUUUUGAAAAACUUUUGAUUGUUGAUCCAAACAUUUAUUUUUAUCAAAAGAAUGGUGAUAUUUUUAAUUCUAGCGAAAUAAAGAUGCCUAUUGAUUUUAUUAAAAGAUAUUUUGAUAAUGAAAAGCUUAAAAAUGAAUAUAUAUAUGAUUUAGUGACAAAAGUAGAUAUUGAUGUUGCAAAUUUAAUUAUUACAGCUUUGUCUUUUAAAUCAGACAUGGAAUAUGUUAUUUCAAAUUGUAAGAAGUUAUUAAAGAUAGAUGACUUUUUAGAAUCAGGAAAAUAUCUUGAAAUGGUUAUUUUAUGUAAAAAAUGCAACACAGAGAAUAUUUUAAGAAAUAAAUGCAUAAAGUGCAUGUCAAUUUAUGAAAAAGAUAGUAUUUUUCAGGUUAUCGAUAAACAUUUUAAUUAUUUUAUUAAUCUAGCUUUAAGCCAUGAUAUUUAUUGCAAUAAAUGCAGUUCUAUAAAUGAAAAGAUGUUAGUUGAAUAUUGCGAUUGUGGAGGACAAUAUGCAAAAAAAGAUUAUAGUAAAGAAUUUUUAACUAUUCUCAAUAAGAUUACUGAUAAAGAUAUCAAACAAUCUUAUAAAAAGAAACUUAAAUUUUAUCAAAUAAAUUUAUAA